UUGACAAGAGUGACCACCAUAUAACCAGAAACACCUGCAGAUAAGAACUGGGGUCGCUACUGCAGGUAGGUAUUUAUUUAUGCUAGGGGGCUGGACGUAUGUGUAAUAUAACAGAGGGGAAAUAGUGAGAACAUCCUCAGAACAUCGACACACCAUGGAGAAGAAAAGAGUGGGUACUUCUGUUAUUGUCCUGCUGGCUUUAAUACAGGGUGUUUUGACCUCCAUUGCUGUGGAGGUCAAGCCCUCUGUCAAUCCAGCUACAGCCGGCGACACCGUGACGCUGUCUCUGUCUCCCUCCACGGCUAUCAAAAGUGGAAGCUGGGCAGUGGGAGAGUCUGUCAUCCUCACCUGGAUCGGGGAGCAGCAGGCGGUUUUCCCCAGUCACGCUGGCAGGGCGUCGGUCAACAUCCUCACCGGAGCUCUGACCCUGAGCUCCGUCUCGGUGGUGGACUCAGGAGUCUACGUAGUGCAGGGCAGCGACCCCCAGCUGCAGGCCAAUGCCUCCAUCACUGUUGUGGAGACCAUUUCAAAUGUGACAUUGAGCGUGAAUGAAACCAACCUGAUGGAGUUCAAUGGCUCAGCAGUCGUCAAGUGCUCCGUCUCGUCUGGAUCCUCUCUCUCUUUCCUCUGGAUGAACGGCAGCUCUGAGGUUACAGCCAGUGACAGAGUUCAGCUCACAGUUGGAAACUCCACUCUCACUAUAGUCAACGUGACCCGCUAUGACCGGGGACCGUUCAUGUGUCGUGUGCUCAAUCCUGUCAGUAAUGGCACCAGUGAUGCAUUAAACUUUACCAUCAGCUAUGGUCCAGACACCAUGGCCCUAACAGUGAAUGGAAAUAACAGCACUUCCUUUUCAGUUGGAUCCAAUCUGACCAUGCUCUGUUCAGCUCAGUCCAAUCCUCCUGCUCUGCUCCAGUGGGCCGUCAGAGGCGAGCUCGUGAACACCACAGGUCCACUGUUGCAGCUGUUCAGUGUCAGUGAGGACCAGAGCGGUCCAUAUUCCUGUCUGGCCUUCAACAAUCACACCAACAUGAACAGCACCAUCACCACAAACAUCGUGAUAUCAAAGUCAGGAUCUGAACAACAGGCAGUCAGUGUGUGGCUGCUGCCUCUGCUGUUAUUGUUUGGACCCUUCUUCUCUCCUGCACAUAGCCAGAGUAUACACGCCUCUGAGAACCCCAUACAAGUGGGCAGCAAUGUCACACUUUCCAGCCAGACCGAGGUCACUACAGGGAUAUGGCUGUCGGCUGACAUGGGCAUCAUUGUGUUUAUAGCCUCUGGAAAUGCGAUGAUAGAUAUGGAUUGGAAGGACAGGGUGACAUUUGAUUCAACCACCUCAUCACUGACUAUAAAGUCACUCGAGGUGGGCGACUCUGGAGUGUACAUAUUGGAGGCAUUCAAUUCGUUUCGUGCUAAUUUGACCCUGUCAGUCCAAGUGCCAAUUUCAAACGUGACUCUGAAAGCAAGCGAAACCAACCUGGUGGAGUUCAAUGACACAGCAGUUCUCAUGUGCUCCGUGUCCAAGGGCACGUCCCUGUCUUAUGUUUGGAUGAAUGGCAGCUCUGUGGUCACAGCAGGUGGAGGAGUGCAGUUCAGCAAUGGAGGCGCCAACCUCACUAUUGCCAUGGUAACCCGCUAUGACAAGGGGCCAUUUACGUGCAAUGUGUCCAACGGUAUCAGCCAUGAAAUCAGCGCUCCUGUGCAGCUGAAUAUCAGCUAUGGUCCAAGUAACGUAACAAUGACGGUCAUGCCCAUGAGGCACAUCCACAGAACAGGAAGCAACAUCACGCUGAUGUGCUCAGCUGAAUCCAAACCUCAGGAGACCAUCCAGUGGAUGGUUGAUGGGAUGUAUCUGAAUCAAUCUGGCCCACAGCUAAAUCUGGAGAGUGUUGCAGAGAGCAACUCAGGAAAUUACAAAUGCUUACUCCACAACACGGUCACAUCCAGGUUCGCCAGCGCAAGUGCAAUGAUCAUGGUUUUGGACCCACUUGCAUCAGUCGUGGUGAAUCAAACAGGUGGACCAGCUAUACUUCACAAGUCGUUCACCAUGUGUUGUGAGGUGGUUGGAUCCGUGGACAGAAUUCAGUGGUGGAAGAAUGGUAAUCUCAUUUACGCUGACAAUACAACAGACUUCAGCAUGGGCAACAAGACGCUGACUCUCAACCCAGUCCAACAGUCAGAUAAUGGACAUUAUGCAUGCCAGGCUUUUAAUUAUGUGAGCAACAUGACCAGCAGCCCCUUCAUGGUGGAAGUCAGCUAUGGACCGUAUAUGCCGACUAUCAUGGGUCCAAAUGCGGCAAAGACAGGAGACAAUGUCACUCUCAGCUGCCACGCAUCCUCACACCCUCCCAGCACCUACAAAUGGUUCUUCAAUGGUUCUAAUGUGGCCAAUAUGUCGAAGUAUUACACACCUCCUCUUACCAAAGACAUGAGUGGGAAAUACAUCUGCGAGGCCUACAACAACGUCACUGACAAGAACAGCACUGCGUACACGAUGCUCACUGUUAUUGAUCCUAUCACAGAUGUACAGAUAGAAGCAUCCAUGAAUCUUGCCAUAGAAGGUCACUAUUAUAAUCUAACAUGCAAUGUGACUGGACCUGCUGACCAUGUGUACUGGAUGAAAAAUGAUGAGCCGCUGCAUGAAGACAACUCAACUGUUAUCUCCAAGGAUAACAUGACAGUCUCCUUCAACCCACUGGCAUACAAUGAUACUGGCGACUACAAGUGUAUGGCUAUUAAUGCCGUUGAGAACAUGACCAGCCUUCCUUACAUGCUCCUGGUGAACUUUGGACCGAAGAAGCCCAUCAUUCAAGGGCCAGCUUAUGCCGAGACAGGACGUACCGUUGACUUCGAAUGCUCUGCCAAGUCGAUGCCCCCCAGUAACUUCACCUGGUGGUUCAAUGGCUCCGAGGUGGCCAACACUUCGAUGCUUACAACUGGCCCCUUGUCUUUGACUAUGAGUGGGGAAUACACCUGUGUGGCCUACAAUGCUGUGACGGGGAAGAACAGCUCAAACUCCAAGAUGCUCAAGGUCGUUGAGGCUAUAACGUCAGUGAUGGUCCAAAACACUACGAUCCCGAUAAACAACGAGAACUUCACUCUCACUUGUGUGGUCACGGGGCCUUAUGACAAGAUCCACUGGAUGAAGGACAACAUGUACCUCAACAUGAACUCUUCCAUGGAGGCAGCGAACAUGUCCUACCACAUUCAAAACAACAUGCUGCACUUCACUCCAGUGACACUCCACAGUGACGGGAUGUAUCAGUGUGUUGCCGCCAAUGAAGCUGCUCACCAUAAUAGCUCCUCGUACAUGCUGCUGGUGAACUACGGCCCUCUGAGUGUGAAAAUCUUGACUCAAGAUGCUAUAGUAUUUGGCAUCCCUGUGUCUCUGAAAUGCUAUGCUGAUUCCCGGCCGGAGUGUGAUUUCUACUGGUUCGUGAACAAUCAUUCUUUAUCUGAAAUUACUGGCUCAGAAAUAACUUUCACUCCACUCAAAGACAGCAACUGGAGCUACACAUGUAAGGCUAUGAACCCCGUGACCAAUAUCACCAUGUACAAGACCAAAACCUUCACUAUUGGUCACGCCUCCACCCUCAUCCCAUCCCAAGGCAGUCUGAUGCUGAUGGGUCUGUUCGCUUUGUCAGCCACUGUGCUGUUCGACUGAGUCCUCUGAGAUCCAGUGAUGCUGCCUUUUGCUCCCUCUAUAGUUAACAAUCUUCAAGUAAAAUUAAGGGGAAGGUACUCUAUAGUCAAUAUUUUGAUGCCUUGUUAACACUUUUUGUGAUGUUUUACUGGAAGGCAAAGAAGAAUGUGAAUAUUGGAGUGUGACAGGCUUUGAUUUCAGUUUUUGUUUGAUAUUUCCUUUAAUUUAAUUUAAUUUAAUUUAAUUUAAUUUAAUUUGUCAGUUAUGUAUAAUACUGAAUAGUCAAAUUUACACUGACAGUGGAAGGACAAAUGUCACAUCAUUGUUGUUAUUAUUGUUAUUAUCAUUGCACUGCCUGUUUAGUUUUUCGUGUUAAAUGUUAUCAUCAUAAGCAAGUAAAAGCAGUUCAUAUGGUGGCUGCUGUUUAGGCCCUUGACAAAAAAAAUAAUAAUAAUCCAAAGUUUAACAAGAGUAACAACUCAGUUCUUUUCGAAAUACCCUCACAAUCUUUUGCCAUUAAUUGCAAUUCUUCAUUCUGAUCACCUGUACUUUUUCUUUUGUGUGUGAUGAUAUUAGAACUGUAAGUAAAUGUUUUUUUGUCAAUCAAUAAAAAAUCAACACAAUCA